CUUUUUCUGAUUAUUAUUAGAUUCUGUACAUCGUAUGUGGUUGAUUUGGAUUGUAUAUUAUUGAUAUGUUUUCACUCAUUGACGUGCAUUUAUGAUCACAAACCGCGAAUCCCCUAGAGUGCCGAAAUGCAAAGGGCGAAUAGCAACAGUCGCUCUCGUACAUAUUAUAUAGGAAAUGAGUCGAGUCUCUGAGUUGGGAAGAAGUUUAGACGCAAUAAGGUAGAAGGGCUUUCUGCGGUCGGAAGCCACCGGAAGCAUUCGGUUGCUGUUUUCCUUAUCACGGUCUACGAGUUGUGUUCAAGGUGAUGCUCGUUAUCACACGUUUCGUCGUCGUCAAAAGCAAAAUAAAAACAGAUUAUCCGUUACUUUGUAUAAACUACUAGCUAGGAAUCAUUGGCAACAAUACGAAUGUUUGGUUCGUGAUGAUACCCUCACGACUACGCACUCUGGUCAAAACCGGAAAAGGAAAUGACAAAUUUUUGGCCUCUGAUCAAAUUGUUUGAUGUUUCUCCUUGGAUUUUGACAAUCUUUUGUUGUUUUGCCGUUGGUGUUAAAUGGCAGCUGCGCAGAAGACCAGAUGCCAUUUUUCUAUGAAAAUUGUUGACUGGUCCUCUUUAAAAACUGGGUGGGGGUCAUCUGGACGUUGAUAAACGAGACCCUGCACUUUUAAAAGUGCUCGAAAAGAUUUGUUCCACGAACUUUGAAUGCAUCUCCGACUCUUUUUCCUUAGUUUAAAGUGAUGCCUUUAUCUAAUGUCUUGCGCCACGAUCUUCAUGUCCAAGAUGCUGGGUGUUGGACACGGGGGGUCUUUUACGUAGUUAAAUAUAUUCUCCCUCGGCCAGACAUUUUGCCAUUUUUUUCUAGAAGAAGGAGAAAAAAUAUAGUAAGCUCGAGGGGUUGUAACAUUUCUCUCCCCUUGUCUACUCACCAGAUGUGUGGGUGUAGAUUUUCUCCCCCCUAUCCGUCGUCGUUGGCGGAAUGCUGUCGGAUGUCGGCGGAUGGGAACUAGUUCCAUAUGUUCCCUCCAUUCAUCCAGACAGUUGUGUCUGUCUGUUAGCAGCGAUCGGUCGCUCAGUUGAAUGUUCUUCACCCACGGAUUUGUUGCAUUGUUCGCCUGCCCCAUUUGUUCUUGGCUCUAGUCGAUGAUCCCGACAACAACACAACAUGUUUCAGUGCAUUAUCCAGCCACGAAACGGCUGGAUUCAUCCGGCUUUCACCGAAACGAAAGACGUCUUCCCAGAUAUCCGGACACAACUGAAUGAGCAACUGCGAUGUCUCGACUACCGGAUGGAGACGCAAAUUUCAGUCGUCGGCGAAUUACAGGAUUUCUUCCGGCGUCGGGCUGAAGUGGAGCUGGACUACAGCAAAAACCUUGACAAGCUCUCAAAGAGUUUGUCGGCCCGCCACAAGGAGCAAAAGCAAAAACGGGAGCAGUGGCACUUGUUUUCCAGCUACGCCUCUUGGCAGCACUUGGUGGCACAGACCAAACGUCAAGCCAGGGAUCACGCCCUGCUGAGCGACAUUUACGCCAACACGGUCAUCCAGCGCCUCGGCCAGGUCACCGAAGAAGUCCAACGCAUCUACCGACGUUGCCGCGAAGUGGGCUACGAGAGUCACGAAGAGCUGUUGAAGGUGCUGCACGAAUUGCACGCGGCCAUGAAGACGUCGCAGAUGUACCAGCUGGAGCAGAGGCAAGCCGAUACAAAGUUGCGCUACGUCGAGGCGCAGCGCCAGAAAUUGGAGUCGUCGAUCGCCCGCGAAAAGCUGGAAAAGUCGAAGAAAUUCAAAUUGAUCGAAAAAGAGAUCGCCAAACGACAGGCCAAAUACAACGACGCUCAUCUCAAGGCCCUCAAGGCGCGCAACGAGUACGUUCUCUGCAUGGACGCCGCCAACUCGGCCGUCCACAAGUACUUUAUCGACGAUCUCUCCGAUAUCAUUGACUGUAUGGACAUUGGCUUCCACAAUUGCGUGGGCCGGGCGCUGCAAGUUCACGUUUCGGCCGAAGAGAACAUUCGUCGCUCGCUCCAAAUAAGCGUCGACGGCAUGAACAAGUGCUUGAGCAACCUGGACUCUAGAGCGGAUAAACAGCGCUUCCUGGAAGCCAAUCACACGGCCUUUAUGAUUCCGAAAAAAUUUGACGCGGCCACCUAUCAGAACAAGAUCGACGAGGGAAGUUUCGAAUUGAUGAUGGUCCCCCAGGUGCGUGAGGAAUUCGAGUCGCGCUACUUGCAGCUGCACAAGCGUCUGACCUCGCUGCGGGCCGAGUCGGAGGAGGUCUGGAAGACACUAGAGACGGCCGAGAGCUCUCUCAUGGAGAUGAUUUCGGCCAAGGACUACGACGUCACGCCGUAUUUCGCCGCCGCCGCAACUAUCGAUGAUGACAAGUUCCCACCGUCGACUGCCCCUUUCAAACAGCCAGAAGCCGCCCUGCUCAAAUUACGCGCCGACCGACAAGAAACGGAAGAUUUCUACCUGAAUAAAUUUCACGAGUACAUUUUGAAAUCCAACCUGAUGCAUCGGCUGCAGGCCAAGUACGAAUUGAUUCACAAAACAUUGGCCCAGGACGGAUCUCAGUUGCCGACGUCGCCGAAAUUGGCUUCUCUGUCGACCGUCGCCACGACUCCCAAUCCGCUAGGCGGAAAGCCGCGACGUCGAAGGAUCGGUCGAACCCCAUUGAUUGGCCAGCCUAAACUCUUUGGAGGCAGCCUGGAGGAGUACCUGGAGGCCACCAAUGAAGAAAUUCCGCUGGUGAUGAAGAGCUGCAUUCGCGUCAUCAAUCUUUAUGGCUUGCACCAUCAGGGCAUCUACCGCGUCUCCGGCAGUCAGGUGGAGAUCAACAACUUCCGCGAGUCGUUCGAGCGUGGCGAAGAUCCGCUGGCUGACGUCACCGAUGCCUCCGAUAUCAAUUCGGUGGCCGGCGUUUUUAAAUUGUACCUGCGCGAGCUGAGGGAGCCCCUGUUCCCCAUCCUAUUUUUCGAUCAGUUCAUGGAAUUGGCACAGCUCCCUUCCAAGGAGGAUUUCAAAACUCGGAUGAGGGAAGUGGUCCAGACUUUGCCACGGCCCGUCUUUGUCGUGAUGCGCUAUCUCUUUUCCUUUUUGAAUCACUUAUCCGAAUACAGCGACGAAAACAUGAUGGAUCCUUAUAAUUUGGCCAUCUGUUUCGGCCCUACUCUAGUCCCGGUUCCGGAAGACAAGGAUCAAGUGCAGUAUCAAAAUUUGGUUAAUGAAUUGAUUAAGAAUAUCAUCAUCAAUGCCGAAGACAUCUUCCCCAAUGACGGCGGCGUCCUCUACGAGCGAUACAUCUCCAGAGAACCCGACGAAGGGGAAGUGGGCGAGGCUCCGUCUGAUACCAUGUCGGAAGAAGUAGAUUCCGAAGUCUAUCCUUCGGAAGAUGAUUCAGUGUUUCGUGAAAAAGAUAUCAGCUUGCAAUUGUUUGGCAAAGCGGAAACGCUGGAGGCAAUUGCUCAGUUUGAUUUCACGGCCCGAUCGCAACGCGAACUCAGUUUUAAGAAGGGCGAUCUGCUGACGCUGUACACUCAAGUGUCGAGCGACUGGUGGAAGGGAACCAAAGACGGUCGUGAUGGACUCGUUCCCGACAAGUAUAUCAUGCUGCGUAUCAGGGACGAAGAUCGAGAUCGUCUGGAAAUCGGGAAAAUGUCGACAACCAGUGGAAGCAGCAGCUCAGAAGAGUCUGCCGCCGCUGCUCGCCGUCGAACUUCAAGUUCCAGUGAUGCGUCGGCUUCUUCAGCACGACUUUCCAAGAUAAGACAGGACAGUCGGAUGCUGACAGGUUCAGAGUCGAUUGAUUCCGAAUCACCAGUUCCCUCUCUACCAUCACCCAGCUUGGAGAAACGUGUGCGAACUGGACCGACAAUAGCUUUGGUACGACCGACAACUCUGUCUUGUCAGGGACCUGCUUUGCAGCCACCGCCCAGCCCGAAGCUAUCGGUUUCGCCUCAAUCAUCAGUCACAAUCGUCUGCAAUAGCAACGGAUCCUCAACCGUCGUUUGUCCGAUAGUUUCGACAUCUUCGGUGAUGGAGAGUGUUGCCAAAGAGCAGAGCGUUGCGGCAGCGGUGGUGGAGGAAGCGGUGGCAGCAGACCCAUUGGUCGUGCCGUCGUCGGUGCGUUGCACGGAGCAAGCCAUUAACGAGACCCUGACGAAUUUUCCGGCCACGGUGGUGACCCAUUUGGACGACAGCGGCGACCGGGACAGCCUCUCUGAGAGUUUGACGCUCAGCGACGAAAAGAGCCUUUGCGAUAGUUUCACUAGUCUGGACACACUGGAUCAAGAAUUGGAUCACGAACUGCCGGUGCCCGUUGUCGAAAAGGCUCGACUGGAACCGGCCAAUCAAGCUGGGAGUUUGCAGAAUUUGGAAGCCACCCUGGAAGUGGAAAACGCGCCCGUAUUUCGGCGACAGAGAUGGGAGACGAGGAGUAUGACCAACUUGGAACGCUCCACUGGACCAGAAAAGCUCAACAUUUCAGUGGGCGGUUGGAGUGAAGCCAAAACGACGGAAGGUGCGGCUGCUGCCAACGAUCACGGAUCUGCAUUGGCUCCAGCUAAGGGCUCGUUUGUUCGCCGACGUGAUCUUUGGGAAAAGAGGACAUCCAUCACAUCGACGCCGGCUGCAGUACCUGUGGUCCCCACAACCACAGCCACUUCGCAGCCGCAAAGACCCAAGCACACGCCCGACUUGGUGAUGGACUUGCCUCCAUCACUGCCGCUCAGUUCCAGCCCCAAAGAAGGUGACAGUUUGGUCGAUCCGGCCAGCAGAAAACGACACGAAUCGGAGAGCAGCAGCGGCAGCAGCAACAGUUCCAGCCCGGGCAGUCCCGAUAUGACGACAGCCGCCGAGACUUUUGCCAUGCAGAAUCAGAGUACAUUAAAGAAAAGUACCAUCAAACAGAUCAAGAAAGACAAAGCCGACGCUGCUGCUUCUUCCGUUUCCGCUUCGACAACAGUCACGGAGACCACUGCUACCCCAGCGAUGGCCGUCACGGUCACGGAAGCCUCCCCCCGGCCCUCGGUUAAAGUCAGCGUCACAGCUUACGGAUCUGCAGCUCCCAUUUCGUCUAGCAUGCGUCCCAUCACGCCCAAGAUAGCUAAUCGUUUUCCACACCACAUGAACCACCUCUACGCUACCCCGAUGCCCGUCCUACCCGUAGCGUUUGCUGCCGAAGCGGCCGCUGCCGCCACAACACCCUCCUCGGUUGAUGCCAAUCGACCGCAACUCAAAAUGAAGCCACAAGUUCUCAAGAAACCCACGUUGCCGGUCUCGCUGAGCUCGCCGGAAUCCUCACGCCGAACCAGUUUCGACCAGGAUUCUCACGUCUGAGAGAUGCUGCCUAAUAAAUCAACAAUUAAAUUAGGUAGUUAUCUGUAUACACACAUCACAAGGUAUCGACACGGGACCACACGCGGGAUACCCCAGAUCGCUUCCAGAAUCCUUGCCAAAACUCCCAUCACACAAGAAAAAGGAAACGGAGGGAGAGAGAGUCUAAAAAGAGAUCGGAUUUUAUUUUUUCCUUCUUCUCGCAAUUCUUGCCGAUGAAUUGUCUUUUUCCUAUGCUGUUCGCGUACCUACGAAUGUCCUGGGCCAGUAGCUGACCCGAUUCCCGCGCUUGUCAAAAACUUUUUUAUAUGUUGUUGUAUUUCCUUCACCGUCACUGUCUGGUUAUCAAUCCCCCCGACCCCUUUCCUUAUUUUUAAAUCUCGCCCCAUUACAAAAGUCCUACUUUAAAAUUACGAAUCAAGAUUAAUAUCAAUUCCCCAAAAUGUGUGCUAUUUUUUUCCAUCAAAGUGCAAGUAUUAUCACAAUUUGUUUCGAAAUUCCAUUCUGUCGAAUUGCUGACUUUUCCUCCAUUUUGGUAUUUUUUUUUCUCCCUUUCGUAUUCUAAACAUCUGUAGACCAGAAAUACAAUAUUGAACUUUC